CGCUGCUGCCCUCCCGCGGUAACAGUGGAUAUUACAAGUAGGAGCUUGGAUGAAAUUUCAAGGUCUGCAUCUAGCUCGACCUAAUUGUAGAUUUUUAAAUACAUCUAUGGAGUUAACGACACCAGAACCAUGUUUGCAAGAGGUUGAUUCACCUGUCAGUUUGGCUGAUGAUUAUCAGAGUGGCAGUCUAGAAGAUGGCUGUCCAGCAGAAGACAAAGGUGAUGACAGAGAUAAAUCUGAUCUCCAGGAAGUAAGAACUGAUCAGCAAACAGUGGAGAGCAUGAUCAUCUCUCUUCACAAGUGUCUGUGGAAUCCCGACAAGUUGUCAGGAUGUAGCUCUACUUCAGGUUCUCGAGAUGAAAGCACUGAAACACACAUGUUGAAAUUCUGUGAACCUUCCCCAGGACAACCAAGUAAUGCAAAGUCAGAUACUAGUCCACAAACCUUGAAAUCUUGUGAACCUUCCCCAGGAAAACCAGCAGACUCUUCUGACUUGGAAUGUUCUGAAGACAUGGACAUAAAUACUCGGAUUCAAGCAGCUAUAAAGAAAAUGAAUAAACUUGAUGCAAUACUUGAAAAACAGUGUUUUAAGGAAAAAGCAGUUAAAAAGCGAGGCAGAGAAAUGAGGGCAAUGCUCUGGGAAGAACUUCAGUGUAUCAGAACCACAGGAAGCAAUGAGGAGGUGGAAAACAUAAACAAGUUUUUAGCUGUGUUCUCAUCAUGGCAUAAUACAGCUGAUCUCUCCCAUACUAAAGAAGAUGAAAUAUGUACUUCCGUAUCUCACCCACACACGAAUCCUGAAGAUUAUGAUUGCCAUAAAGCCCAAGAAAACCAGGAUUAUCCAAGUGAAUUAGAAACAGAAAAAACAGCAGAAAAAACGCAUAGCAAAAAUAAAACCAACCAGCAUUUCAUUAAAAAGAACAUUGAGCUAGCAAGGGAUUCAGGAAACCAAUUUGUUAUGCUUGAGGGAGAAAGGAAAAGGCUAACUGAACUAUUGAAAGAUACAGAAAAUGGAACUGAAUUGCAAGAUCUUGAGCAGGAGAAUGUACCUGUCUGGCAGGCACCAGGAGAAGGAUACACACCUGAACUGGUGGAAUUUCAUCUCCUGAAUGAGAUUGACAGUAAGCUUCAACUUCUACUAUCUGAUGGGGAGCUUCCUGCUCUUUCCAGCUCUAGCUCAAAAUGUCCAAGCCAGAUGUAUCAGGAGCCUCUGGUUUAUGCAAGCAGAAGCCUAGAAACCAUUCCAGGUGAAAAAGUUCUGCGGGAGAAUAAGGAAAAACGUGAUCAACAGAAUCGUCUGAAAGAAAUAGAUUAUCAACUGGAAUCCCUAGAGAGAAGUCUUACUGAAGAACAAACGAGCCUCUCUGAAGAGCAGCUUAAGACCCUUCUGGAAGAAUGUAUGCAGCCUCAGAGAACAAUAAGUAACGUUACCAUGCCACAGUCUCAGGAAUCUCUUUCUUUUGGAUUAAGUCCCCCUUGUUACACAAGUCAAGACUCCACUCUUCACUCUACAUCUAGUCUUUCCAAAAUGUUAGUUGAAGACCAUAUUGUAGGGAUGUUAAUGGCUCAGGAAAAGGCUGGACUCGAAGACAAAAGCUUAUGUGUUAAUGCAGAGAGCAAAAUCCCUGGCUACUAUACCAGCAAAGCAUUGGCUGGUAGUCACUUAUCAAAGGAUUCACUGGCCCAAACAGAGGAACCUGAUGACCUAGAAGGUUUACAGAAGAUGGAAGAUAAGAGUAUUACUGAAGGUUACUUUAUGUCAAGAGCACUCAACACAAAAAGAUUGAAGAAACCUUCUUUCUUGGGUGAACCAUUAUAUUGCAUCAGCAUGAACAAUGAGCCAUCCACAGAGGCUGACAUUCUCAGCAUACCACUGCAAACCAAAGGAGAUCAUAUGAACAUAGAAAAUUGAGGGGAGAGUGACUCUAUGCUUCUCUGCACAACUGUUUUCUGCAAGUGUAGCUAAACCUCUAUCAGUGAUAUUGCACUGAUACAGUAUCAUACCAAACAACCUGAUGGGAAUAAAUUAUUAUAAUUG